AUGCACGACGCACUGGUACCCCGAAGGUUUGUUGUUUUUGCAGCAAUAAUUUUGACAAUCAUCGUAUUCUUCUCCUCCAGCAAUGAUAUUUCACCUCGAGAAUUUGUUUGGGGGGUCUACAACCAUGGGUGGAAUCCAAAUUCAAAGCCAGACGUGUUCAAUUCUCUACCAGUCGACUCGCAGGCGAUUCGGAAUAUCUGCUCGGCAUCAAACUGGAAUAGUUCAUUAAUAUUCACCUGUGAUAACAAUCGCGGUGGCGUGGCAAACGUGCGCAAUUCCAUUCUGAAUUGCGUCAGAUUAACAAUUGCUGCUGGAGGUAGUCUCGUGCUCCCACAAAUCUAUCUGCGAGAAUUAAAUGAUGGUAUGGGAAGCAACACAGAUAUCAACCGGAGAGGUCUACUCAAACAACAAGGCAUGGACUACAUGUUUGACCUGAACCAUUUUUCGAGCUCUUUGCGGCAAUCUUGCCCCGAGUUGCUUCUUAUCAGACAUUUGGAUCAAAAACCUGAUCAAAGAAGACACUGGCUCCAGCCCGAGAACCUCUUUCCAAAUAUUCCAACCAGUGGCUUUGAACACCCAGAAGAGUGGCCGCGACGUCUAAAUGAUUGGCUGGAGAUUAAUAUACCUCCUCCUUCCACUCCUGAUGCCAAAGAACCUAUUGUUAUCGAUCUCGGCCAGUCUUUCCUACAUUAUCCAACCCACUCAGAUGGUCAUGCUGUCGCACAUAUCUUUGGAAAUAUCCUGAAAUUUCGUGCUGAUAUCCGCGAACUCGCAACCAAAGCACUUAAUACACUUGUUGAGUGGUAUGAGCUACCCGUUAAUAUCUCACAUGCUGGCAUCCUUAAACCAUCUUUUCUUGGCGUUCACCUCAAUACCAACGAUCCAUUGCUCGAAGAGCGUCACCGACCAGAUAUUCAAUAUUCACAUUAUGAGACUCAAUCACAGGCUUACUUGAAACUAUCAUAUGAUAUGAACUUACCAAUUAUUUAUGUAGCCUCGGGAAAUAUAGAUGAUGUUCAGAAAUUUAACGAUAAAGCAAUUGGGCCUAGUAUUGCUGUAACAUACAAAGAACACCUCCUAGAAGAGAAAGAUCACCAACAAUUACAACGGCUCACCUAUGAUCAGCGUGCUAUGGUUGACUAUUUGGUUUUGAGUAAGGCCGAAGCCUUUGCAGGAGUAGGUCAUAGCCCAUUCAGCUGGAAUGUAGCUAUGACAAGAGAGCAACUAGGUGCGGUUAUGGAAGGCCAAUUGGCAGAUGAUAUAUGGAAAGAUGGCAUGAAUACACUUUUUGGGGUUCGGCCAGACUAUGUUGAGAGUAGUGCUUGUAUGUGGCCAUGA